AUGUCCGCAGCCAAAAAGCAGCGAGGCGCCGGAAGUCGACGUACCGGCAAGCGAGUCGCCGAAGACUCUACGCCGCUGGUGGACCCCAGCGAGACUUCUACUGCGAAGCCCGUAGGUCGCCCUGCCGUCGGUGCUGGUGGCUCGACGCCUGGACGUCGCCGGGAGUCCGCGGCGCAGCGGCCGGCGGCCUCGUCGAGACCAGUCGCGUCUCCCAGGAGGAAAGGCGGGCUGCCCACGGCCGCAGCCGCUGCCGGGGACCACCGCCAGGGUAUCACCGCGGAGGAAGCGCCGCGAAGGGUCGACAAGAUAGAGACACCGGGCGGCACCACAGUCGAAUCAAGCCGGAGUGUUCACGGCUCUCUCGAGGAUGACUCCCGGAUCCAACGGACGAUGAUCGAACCUUCCGCCUCCACCCGAGUCUCGUCAGUAUUUCGAACUGCCAUGGACGCCAUGUUCCGCCGUAAGCCACCGGUCAACGCUGCUGCCCCAAAUAACAUCGUCCGCCAGACGAGUGCGAAUGCAACACGCGCGCUGCCCAUGCGUAACACGUGCAAUCUUAACGGUGAGGGCUCCGCAAUGAGUCACUUGUCCUUGCUCAGUCCCUCUGAUGAAGCAAACCAAAACGCACAGCUUGCCCGGAUUCUGUGCAUGGACGUUGGGAGGUCUACGAACGAACAACUGCCGGUCUCAUUGCAAAACGCGGCAGUUACGACCAUUGCGUCCGUCACAAUACCACCUGGUGCUCGUCUCCCCCGGGUGCCGUUGAUGUACAUUCGUGGACCCUGGAUGUCGGUGGCUGGCCGACCUCCCGAGCCGCAUAUGGCAUCAGGUUCAAUGCCCAUGGUUGUUCGACCGGCACAACCGCGUAUGGCACCGGGUUCCGAGCCGCAUAUGACCACGGGAGCUCGACCGGCAGAGCCGCAAAUGCUGGCCCAACCGGGUGUUCCGUAUAGCCAACAUUUGCCUUCGCAUGUGCCUUCGAUGGGUGCAGCUUCGAGUGCUCCUCAGAUGUCCGGAAAUCAUGACGCGCCAGCCCCCUCACACCAAAUCCCGGCGCAGCAAGUGAGCCCAAUGCCACUGGCAGAGGAUGACAAGCCUAAAGUAGCGUUGGGGCGUACUCCGUCAUCCGGAAUGGUUCACGCUGCACCGGAAAACCAAACACAUCCGGCAAUGCCUAAUUCACCAGCCGGAAUAUUCAUUCAUCCACAUGUUACGGAAAUGAUAGAUGCAGCGACGGAAGUGAAGGAAACAGACCUGGUAAUGAUGAACGCGCUGCCGGUCACAGACCGCCAUUCACAUUCCCAAAAAGUGAAAGUCAGCACAUCAACACAGACCGAGCACCCGUCAUCUACGGUGGUGGUCAGCGCAGGCUCUGAAGUAUGCGACACGAAAACGGCUAUCCCUGACGCACCGCCGUUUAGAACCCAACAUCUGCGACCUGUGGAAGUAGCCAAGGUACCGUCGAAAGUAAGCGAGACAGUGCAUAUAAGACCAAAUGGACCUGAAGUAAGCGGUCAGCACCCCCAACCAUCAGCACCAUCAGCACCUAAUGAACCAACAGUUAUACCCAAGCCGGCUUCUUAUGUGCCCAACGUCACCCCAAAAAUGAGCGAAAUAGCGCCGACAAAGCCAGAUAUGCCACCGGGAGGACGUCAGCAUCCGUCACCACCACCAGCUUCCAAAGAACCGCAGCAGUUGGGCGGAACGAAGCCGAUUGGUCCUAACGCGCAUCCCGUUAAACCCCAGCAUGUGUCAUCUUCUGAUGUGGCCAGCGUAGCAGCGAAAAUGAGCGAAGUAUCACCGACCAUGCCAGAUAAACCACCGGUAGGAGGUCAGCAUCCGUCACCUCCACCAGCUUCCAACGAACCGCAGCAGAUGGGCGGAACGCAGCAGAUUAUGCCUAACGCGCAUCCCGUUAGACCACAGCACGUGUCAUCUUCUGACGUGGCCAGCGUAGCAGCGAAAAUGAGUGAAGUAUCACCGACCAGGCCAGAUAAACCACCGGUAGGAGGUCAGCAUCUGUCACCUCCACCAGUUUCUAACGAACCGCAACAGCUGGGCGGAAAAAAGCCGAUUGAGCCUAACGUGCAGCCCGUGAUACCCCAGCAUUCCCCGGCUUCUGAAAUGACCAACGUAACGCCGAAAAUGAGUGAAGCACCACCGACAGGUCCACAUAUGCCACCGGUAGACGAGCAUCCGCCACCACCACCAGCUUCCAAAGAACCACAGCAGAUGGGCGGAACGCAGCCGACUGGGCCUAACACGCAUCCCGUUAAACCGCAGCAUGUGCCAUCGUCUGAUGUGACCAACGUAACACCGAAAAUGAGUGAAGUAUCAACGACCAGGCCAGAUACACCACCGGUAGGAGGUCAGCAUCCGUCAUCUCCACCAGCUUCCAACCAACCGCAUCAAAUAGACGGAGCGCAGCCGAUUGGACCUAACGCGCAGCCCGUUAGACCCCAGCAUGUCCCGGCUUCUGAAAUGACCAAAGUUACUCCGAAAACUAGUGAAGCACCACCGACAGGGCCAGAUAUGCCACCGGUAGGUGAGCAUCCGCCACCACCACCAGCUUCCAAAGAACCACAGCAGCUGGACGGAACAAAGCCGAUUGGGCCUAACGCGCAGCCCGUUAGACCCCAGCGUGUCCCGGCUUCUGAAAUGACCAACGUUACGCCGAAAAUUAGUGAAACAACACCGAGAGGGCGACAUAUGCCACCGGUAGGUGAGCAUCCGCCACCACCACCGGCUUCCAAAGAACCACAGCAGAUGGGUGGAACGCAGCCGACUGGGCCUAACGCGUAUCCCCUUAAACCCCAGCAUAUGCCAUCUUCUGAUGUGGACAGCGUAGCACCAAAAAUGAGUGAAGUAUCACCGACCAGGCCAGAUACGCCACUGGUAGGAAAUCAGCAACCGCCACCACCACCAGCUUCCAACCAACCGCAGCAGAUAGACGGAGCGCAGCCGACUGGGCCUAACGCGCAUCCUGUUAAACCCCAGCAUGUGCCAUCUUCUGAAAUGGCCAAUGUCACGCCUAAAAUGAGCGAAAUAACACCGACAAGACCAGAUAUGGCGCAGGUAGCAGGUCAGCAUUCGCUACCUCCGACAGUUACCAACAAACCACCAAAGUCGGGCGGAAUGCCACCGGUUAGGCCUAAUGCACUGGCGAUUGGACCCCAGCGUCAGCCGUCUUCAGAAACUGCCAAAGCUGCCUUUAAAAUUAGUGAAGUGCGACCGAUAAGGGCUGAUAUGCCUGUAAGAGGUGAGCAUCCACCACCAUCGGCAGUUUCCAGCGAACCUCCACAGCCGGGCGGAAUGCUGCCGAUAAGGCCGAAUGUGUUGCCGGUUGGACCUCAGCAUCAGCCGUCUUCGGAAAGGGCCGGCGCUACGCCGCAAGCUGGAAAAAUACGGCCUACAAAUCCGUCCGUGCAGCUCGUAACAGGUCAGCCUCCACUUUCCUCUGAAACGACUAGUGGGGAACCACAGGGGGCCCAAAUGGAGCCGAAUAAGCUUAACGCACCGUCUAUUCACCCCCUGAAUACGACGCCUGCUGCGAUAGUCGGUGCAACACAGGAAGUGGAUCAAACGCGACUCUUGGAAUCGGACGCACUGUCGCUAACGGACCACCGCCCGUCACCUGAAGCAGCAGCCACAGGAGUGGCACAGGUCUACAAGCAUCUCAGCAUGCUCCUAGGCCAGCGACAAGUCAUGAAGAUGUGGCAUGUCCGCCAGGUCUUCUGA